AUGUCUAGCAAGUCCGUUUUAAAGGCCAUAGAGACUUCUGGACGCAAUCCAAAGUUAAAGUCACGGCUGAAUAAUGAACAGGAUUUGAUUAAGAGUGGUAAACUUUCGAAUAGCUUCACUGGCUGUUUUAAAGAGAUACUGUUUAAUGGAAGAGAAUCUCGUAAAGCAGUAGAAAUUAGAUAUGAUGAUUGUGAUAGGAAUAUUAAAGAAGUGGACUAUAAAAUAAAUAAUUUUUAUUUUCAAAUGAAUGAAGUUACCGUAAAUGAUCUUUAUAAUUAUAUCGAAGAUACAUAUUCCGAUGAAAGUGAUACUCAUCAGUUCUUGAAAUCACGAAUAUUUGGGUUGCCGACGGCUUUGGUCUUUGGAGGAUAUGAUCCCUCACGUGAAAACCUUUUUGAAAGUUUUGCUCGUUCUUUAUCUGAAAAACAACAAACCUGUGUCGUGUUGAUUGAUUCAACGACCGUUUUAAAACUAGAGGAUCUGGUGACUCACACGAUUAGAUAUUUUAAAUAUAAAAAUGGAUCUUCUUUUAGUGGUUAUAAUCAUUUCUUGGCAGAAAAUACUUAUAAUAGUGAUGACGAGGAAACAAUCAAGGAUGACGAGGAAUUAGAAGAAGAUUCUACCGAUGAAGGACAAUCUAAUCAUGAUGAUGAAAGCGAUGAUGAUAUGAAUUUAGAAGAGGAAAGUGGUGAAAAUGAUGAAUUAACGUCCCUUUCAGUCAAGGAUGUAGUUGAUAUUGAAUCAUUGGUAAAAUGGUACGAGAGUAAUGCCAAAUUACACGGUCUUAGAUCUUUGCCAAAGUUGAUUAUUAUAAUAUAUAAUUUCGAUUUAUUAGAUCCUGUAAUAGCGGAAAAAUAUCUUCAUAUUCUCAAAGGCAUUGAUGCUAUUCACGAGGGUUAUUCAUAUUCGGUGGAACGCUUGUUGAGACUCAAAGAAUUUCAUUUAUCGGAUAACAUUCACAAUUUCGAUGAACUUAUAGCAAGGUUCUUCAUCAAAAAUCAUUUUGGCGUUAAAGUCGGUAUAAGGCCAUACAAUUUUCUUAAUGAUAUGUAUGGGCGACUAAAAGUUUCUCUUAAAUAUUUUGAGUGCUCUAUCAAGCAUGUCAUAAAUUACUAUUUCUAUUCAAAUCCAUUAAGUAUUCUCACAACUAUUGACCCGGACGAAGUUUCAUCGAGAGUUGAUUUAUUGAAUAAAUAUCAUAUGGAAAUGAUACGUAUGCAACCUUCAUUUAGAAGAUUGGUGGAACAUUUUAUUGAUGAGCACAGUCAUCCAAAGGUUGCGCGUUCUUUGCUUGAGGAUGAUAAUUCUGUCAAAUCCAUAUUACCAAAUAUUCUGCGUGAUAUGAAAAAUUAUCAUCAAAAUUUCGCUGUAGCAUUUGAAAUCGUUUAUAAUUUGCAGCAAUAUGUUUGUGAUAAUCCAAAAUUGAUCAAGGCAAAGUACGAAUUAUAUUCUUAUGCAUUAACACAUCCUGGAUUAGGGGAACAUGAGCAUGUUCGGAAAUUGAAGUUUCGAGAUCUUAAACAAUUCCUCGAAAACUUUCAAAAUGUUCUUGAAAAGGCAGAAUGUGUGAAUUCAGCAAUUCCAAAAUUUUGUGAAAAAUUAGAACAGAUUGGAAACUUAUUACAAUCUUCAAUAAAAUUACCAAAGAAUAAAAAACGAAAGAAAAAAACCGCUAUCCUUAUGCAAGGAGAGAUAGAUAGCAUUUUCGCACUAGCACCAUCAUCAACAACUUCACAAGAAAUCACCGAUAAAUUCACGAAAUUGAUUGACGAAAUUUUCGAAUAUCUACAAGUUUUUUUCAAGAAAACCCUAUGCCAUUACUCUACAAAGACUCUUUAUGAAAUUUUUUAUUGGGAAGAAUCUUAUUCUCUUGAAGGUCGCUUGGAAGACCAAAACAAUAUCUCAAUUGUAAAUGAUGAUAGGUGUAUAUUAUAUAAAUUACUUGUAGGAUUUGGUAAGUUUAUUCAUAUUAAUGAUUGGUUAGAAAGUUUUGAAAAUAUUAUAAAGAAAGAGAAUAGAAAUAUCACUGAUGACGAAACAAAGGCAAGAUUCUGCAGAGCUUUUGAAUCACUUAAAAUUGUUGGAGUAAUCGCUGAUGCUAAAGGAAAGCGAGGUUACGUUAGAAAAAUGAUUUGGGGAAAAUUUUAA